AUGACAACUCCAAGGGAGCCUAAACUGGGGGCUUGAAUGCCAGGGUGAGAGGAGGAGAGAGGUGGUCCAAAAGCAAAGAGAGACGGACUAGUGGGGGGGGCAUCUGAAGCUCCCCCCCUCCUUCGUCUCGGCCCCUUUAAGCUCCCCCCCUCUCUCCACCCCCCCCCCCACUGUCUUCAUCUCCAUCUCUGUGCCGCUGCCGGCUGCGCCAUCCCGGACCCAGACUUCCAAGCCAGCUAGGGGCCCCUAACCUCGGGUUUCAGGGACCCUGUCCCAUCAAGACUGCAGGCAUGUCUUCGGAAAAGUCAGGCCUUGCAGACUCAGUUCCUCAUACUUCCCCGCCUCCCUACAAUGCCCCCCAGCCCCCCGCCGAGCCCCCGGUCCCGCCCCCACAGGCAGCCCCCUCCUUGCACCAUCACCAUCACCACCACUACCACCAGUCUGGCACCGCCACCCUCCCACGCUUAGGGGCGGGCGGCCUGGCCUCUGCCGGGGCCGCAGCUCAGCGUGGCCCCUCAUCCUCCGCUACACUACCACGACCUCCCCAUCACGCCCCGCCGGGCCCCGCUGCUGGGGGGCCCCCACCCGGCUGCGCUACCUUGCCCCGCAUGCCACCCGACCCUUACCUGCAGGAGACCCGCUUCGAGGGCCCGCUGCCCCCACCGCCGCCCGCAGCCGCCGCCCCACCCCCACCGGCGCCUGCCCCGGCGGCUCAGGCCCCAGGCUUCGUGGUACCCACGCACGCGGGGACCGUGGGCACUCUGCCGCUGGGAGGCUACGUGGCACCAGGAUACCCCUUGCAGUUGCAGCCCUGCACUGCUUACGUGCCGGUCUACCCGGUGGGCACGCCUUAUGCAGGCGGGACCCCCGGGGGGCCGGGAGUGCCCUCCACUCUUCCCCCGCCGCCCCAGGGCCCAGGCCUGGCCCUGCUGGAGCCGAGGCGCCCGCCGCACGACUACAUGCCCAUCGCAGUGCUGACUACCAUCUGCUGCUUUUGGCCUACGGGCAUCAUCGCCAUCUUCAAGGCAGUGCAGGUGCGCACGGCCUUGGCCCGCGGAGACAUGGUGUCCGCCGAGAUCGCUUCACGCGAGGCCCGGAACUUCUCCUUCAUCUCCCUGGCCGUGGGCAUCGCGGCCAUGGUGCUCUGUACCAUCCUCACCGUCGUCAUCAUCAUCGCUGCGCAACACCACGAGAAUUACUGGGAUCCCUAAAAUCGCCCCGGGCCCGGGCCCUCUCUGCGCCCCUGGACCUCGCGGGCGCGUCCUGCGGUCCUGAUGCUGACCCCGUGGGCGCUUCGCACGCCCGCCUCUGGCGCCGCUGGACUCGCAGGCAUCCU